AUGUAUCCCGUCGGUACCUUAGGAGGUCCUCAGUUAUCUCACUGGAUGGGCAGUGAUGGUCUGAACAGCUUUAAUUCCUAUCAGCAGCCAAGUUUACCGCUUACGCCGUCACCUGAAACUCAGAAGGGGUAUUUCGCCAGUGUAUCGUCUGCGUCCUAUGGUGGGGUCAGCGCUUUGCCUUAUCAUUCCAUUCAACAGAGCUACGGCCAACACAGUUACAGCAACGGCGUCACGCCCCCGAUGCUCUCUCCUCCUCCCGAGAAGCCUGUUACGCCGCCGAAGGAUGGGCAGACGCGCCCCUGGUGGAGUACCACCGGUUCCACCACGCCGACGUCACACAUCACCCACAACUUCCACCGCCAGUUCCACCAUCAGUAUGCCAGCCCUAGUAUCCCGUCGGGAGGACAAGCGAAUCCGCAGUUUCUUCAGUCUCUCCCGAACUCCGUCACGCAAGACUCCUUGUUGCAUCAUCCAAGUGCCAUCGCCUCUGCUCUCCUCAACGCGCAGUCGUCCGUCAGUGUUCGGCGCUGUCGACGAUGCCGCUGCCCCAACUGCCAGAAUGCCUCGCGGGACGCUUCAGGCACCAAGAAGAGAGAACACGUUUGCCACAUUCCUGGAUGCGGUAAAGUGUAUGGCAAGACGUCCCACCUCAAGGCUCACCUUCGCUCCCAUGCCGGAGAGAAACCCUUCGCGUGCCAGUGGAUCUUCUGCAACAAGGCCUUCACUCGCUCUGACGAACUCCAACGUCACCUGCGAACACACACAGGCGAGAAACGUUUCGAGUGCGUCGAGUGCGGCAAACGUUUCAUGCGUUCGGAUCAUCUCACCAAACACGUCAAGACCCACGAGAACCGACGCGCCCGCGCUGCCUCCGCCGCCCUUGCUGAGACUGACGACGUCGAUGUGGAACUCUGCGAUGACGGCGUUGAAGACUGUGCAGAGGAACUUCUCUCUGUUACGCUGCCAGACUCUCCCGUAUCUGAAGCAGAACUACAAGAAAAUGACAUUAACAUCGGCAAUUUAAUAGACGGGUCUUAUCUAUACGGAAAAGAAAGUCACAUGUCGCAGUAUGGGCAUAUGCAAAACUUCCACAUGUAA